GAAUCGAUGUUUGUUUGAUUUUUUGUCAAAUCCUCCUUUACUCUGAUAAAUUCCCUUAGGAUGCAAGAAAAGAAGCUUCACUUCUCCACCAAAUAAAGUUUCAAUUUUUUUUCUUUUAGGAUUUCCUCUCUCUCUUUUCUUUGGGAGAUUUCAAUCAGAGGAGAGAUUUCAACCUUAAAGGUUUCAAUUUUUUUUUUCAGUCUUUCACUUUCUUCGCCGACGUUUCUCUUUUGACCGGAGGAGUGUGACUAUAUCUUCUCUUCUGUUAUGUUCUUGAUUUACAGGAAGCAAAAAGCUAAAAAAUAUGGACUUUGAUGAUGAACCCAAGCCAAAGGAGGUUGCUAAAACCCGUAGAUUCGCACCUGGCCGUGCUGGGAAGACUAAACCGAAACCUAAACCGGAACCCCCUGCAGCUAAACCGGAGCAGCCGGCGUCGUCACAAACUGAGUCUGUGAGCAAGAAUGAGCAGCCGGCGUCGUCAAACCGUCUAUUGAUGCUAAUACUGAGCUUUAUGUUCUACAAUACCCUCUAAGACCGUCUUGGCGUCCAUAUGAAAUGGAUGAACGAUGCCAAGAAGGGCAUUUAUAUCAAUGAACUGUGCCGUGGAGGAAGCAACAAAAACUCUGAAUCGAAAGAAACAUCGAAAAGAGACUUCAAAGCAGCAAAUAUCCUUCUUAAUUCAGGAUUCAACCCAAAACUCUCAGACUUUGGAUUGGCAAAAGAAGGUCCAAAAGACAACCGUUCACAUGUGACAACCCAAGUCAUCGGUACAGAAGGUUACGCAGCUCCAGAAUAUCUAGCAACAGGUCAUCUAACAACGAAAUGUGAUGUCUACAGCUUUGGUGUCGUCUUGCUAGAGAUUCUAUCUGGACGUAGAGCAAUAGACAAAACUAAAGCUCGAGAAGAAGAAUAUUUAGUGGAAUGGGCGACACCUUACUUGCGAGACAAGCGAAAAGUGUUUAGGAUAAUGGACACGAGCUUGUGGGUCAAUACCCUCAGAAAGCAGCGUUUAUGAUGUCUUUCUUGGCUUUACAAUGUAUUGGAGUGGUUAAAGUUAGACCAUCAAUGCCUGAGGUCUUGUCUCUUCUUGAGAAAGUUACAAUUCCAAGACAUCAAAAGAGUAGAAGCAGAGGUUUUGCUACUAACUCUUCUUCCAAACGGUUUCUCAGACACCCUAAUUAAGGACUCAAAAUCUCUUUGGCUUUUGGAUCGUUUCUUUUGUGGAAAUGGAAUAUAAAAACCUUUUUUUGGUUACGUCAUUGAUAAUAUAGAAGAAUAAAAAAAGCUUGGUCAUGAUC